AUGCAGAUACGCAAAACCCACUCAAUAUACCUGCUUCUGUCAUCAAUUCUCUCGGGGGCGAUAGCAGACAGUACAGAACCCGAAAAGACCACUACCGUCGAGCCAUGCACGGCCAAGUCGACAAGCGGCGCAUUCUUCAAUCUAUCGCCGGAUAUCGCGAUCAAGCUGGAGGAGGGGACGAAGCCACACAAGAGUGCUCCUAGCGAGGACUACUACGCGCGGGGAUACGACUACGGCUACAACUUCACACUGAACAUCUGUGCGGCGGUGGUCAAGCCGCCGAAGGAGGUGGUGGGCCUCGAUGACGACCUGGCGAGGAACGUCAGCGCAUACUACGAGAGCAAGGGGAAGGUCUAUUCACUAGGACAACAAUCAUCGAAGUUGACUUCGAGGGGGAGGCAGCUCGUGCUGCAGUACACGGGCGGAUCGCCAUGCGGCGCAGAAAAGAGCAAGGACAAGCGAACUGCGACCGUACACCAGGGUGCGAGUUACAAGUACUACGACUACGACGACGAGGAGUACGAUAGUGAGAAGUCGAGACAAGGCACGGACGAGGUCACCGCGCUAAGAGAAGACUCGAAGCAACGGCGCAAGUCUGCGACAAUCUCCUUCCUCUGCGACCGCGAAUCGUUGAACCCUACCGCCACGGCCUCAUUCAUCAGCGCCGAUCCAGACGAGUGCGCAUACUGGUUCGUGGUCCGGUCACAGCAUGCGUGUGCCGGCGCACAACCGCACACGCCCGGCAGCGUCGGGCCGGGGAGCGUGUUCGUCAUCAUCUUCUUCAUUGCCCUGCUGGUCUACUUCGUUGGUGGCGUCUUCUACCAGCGGACAGUGGCGCACGCGCGAGGAUGGAGACAGCUACCGAACUACACCCUGUGGGCUGGGAUCUGGAACUUCAUCAAGGACAUGUUCAUCAUCCUCACGUCGUCGUGCUCGCGGUUCCUCCCGAGCCGGAGGGGAUACCGCACGCUUUCCAUCUCGCCCAACGGGCGGGGUCGGAACCGCGACGAUGAGAACCGGCUGAUAGACCAGCUGGACGAGGAGUGGGACGACUAA